AUGACAGUUAGUGACACAGAUAGUCAAAGUAAUGAGAAUAGUAACAUUGAGUAUAAGGAAGAGGCAAGUUAUAAUAAUAACAACAACACAUGGAAUGGUAAUAAUAGUAGUGAUAUAGAUGCAGAAGAGAGUAAGAAAAGAGAAUUACAAGAUACAAGUCAUUCACCAACAUCGGAAGAAAAAAACAUCAGAGAAAGAUACCAAUAUAAGAAAGCUAAAUCAAAAUCAAAAAAGAAAAAGAAAUUUUCGAUUGAGAAUGAUUCGAGAGUAUCAGACGGUAAUCCAAUUUUAUUAGUUAAGAAGAAUAGUAAAAGGGAACAAGCAAGUGAAGUAGUUAAAAAGACAAGAGCCGAUACUCCAAUUGGUUCCGAUAUCAAAAGACAUCGACGACAAAGAGAUGAGCAUAUGCAUGUUAUAAAACCACCAAGAACUGCACUUCAACAACAGCAUCAACAACCAAGGUGA